UUGUGAAAUAAAAUGAUUGACGAUAAAGAACUAAUAAACCCAGUGAAGUAUUUUAUGAUUUUGGCGGGUAUGUGGGUUUUUCCCCGUAAAAAAUCAAGUAUCCCAUUAAAUAUCUUUUAUUAUUGGUAUUCUCUGAUACUUCAAGGUAUUUUUGUAAUUUUUAUAGUUCUUCUAUUUGGUAAACUUUUCCAGCUAAUAUCUAUUCAAUCAGAUGUACAAGUAAUUUGGUCAGUUAUAUCUAUAAUAGAAAUAAGUGUUGGAAUCUUUAGCAAAAUAAUUAUAUACCAAUGGAAUAAGGUGCCUAAUAUGUUUGAUACAGUUAUUCAAAAGGAAAAAGAAAUUUUGUUGUACGAGGAUGACAAUAUAAAAAAUAUACAUCAACAAAGUAUACAAAUUUGUCAAAGAAUUUCAUAUGGAUUAUUUCUCAAUGUCUUUUUUGCUAUGGUGUCAAUCUUCAUAGCUGGUUUCAUAAAUUGGCCAAAUGAGAAUAAUGCUAAGAGUAAAUCAGUCAAAGAGCAACUUGAGACAUCAUUCGUUUAUCCAAUAUGGUUACCAUUUUUUGAAAAUGACCAUAAAUUAUUUACUGCUCUGUUAAAUAUAAUAUUUGCAACUAUAGGAAUUAUAUUUUAUAGCGUCAGUCACAUGAUUUUUAUUGUUUUAUUAUUUUUUGUCAUAUUACAAUUUAAAUCUAUUACAAUUAAAAUUGGAAAGUUAAAAGAAAACCCUAUAUCCACCACCGAGUUUCGAACUGAACUAAGAAAUCUAAUUUAUAGUCAUAUAUCAUUAUUAGCGUUUGUAGAAGAUUUAAAUGGAUCAAUAAGAUACGUUGUUUUUAUGGAUUUUUUGCUUAAUUCUUUGAAUGUUGCGUCAGUUGCAAUUCAACUAAUAAGUUUAAAGAUUUCCUCAGACAUUAUUUUCCUGCUUGCCUAUUUAAUUGCUUUGGUAUUGCAAGUCUUCAUUUUUGGAUGGUUAGCAGACGAGAUUAAAGUUCAGAGUUUAGCAAUAGCAGACAGCUUUUACUUUUCUGAAUGGUAUGAUCUAGAUCCAAACUCAAAAAAGUUAAUUCAUAUUGUAAUGAUUAGAGCCCAAAAGUCAUCAAAUAUUCUUAUUGGACCUUUUGGACCCCUGACGGUUGAAACAGCGUUAAAGACAAUGCAAGCAGCAUAUUCCUACAUAGUCAUUAUGCAAAGACUUAGUGAGUAACUAUAAAAAG